AUGAUGUAUAAUAGUAAUAGAGUAGAAGUGUACAAUGAAGAUAGGAGAGUUGGGGAAAUGGAGAUAUACCCUCCAAGAGAAUCACAGAAGCAGCAGCAGCAGCAAGCAGACGAUGUUACGAAGCAGAGGAAGAAGAAAGUAAUGGAUAGAGUGAAGACCGGAAUCAGAAUUAGCCGUUUCUCUCAACCUAGCGAGAGAUGUCCUCCUCUUGCUGUGCUCACUACAAUUUCAUCUUGUGGCCUUUGUUUCAAACUGGAAGCUUCUUCACCUUCUCCUGCUCAGGAUUCACUCAGUCUCUUCUACUCGUCCUGUCUCAGGGACAACAAGACAGCAGUAAUGCUCCUGGGUGAGGAAGAGCUCCAUUUAGUUGCCAUGUACUCUGAAAACAUCAACAAUGGCCGUCCUUGUUUCUGGGCGUUUACUGUUGCUCCUGGGAUUUACGACUCCUGUCUAGUCAUGCUCAACCUUAGAUGUCUUGGGAUUGUCUUUGACCUCGAUGAAACCCUCGUAGUGGCGAAUACCAUGCGCUCAUUUGAGGAUAGGAUUGAGGUGUUGCAGCGGAGGAUAAACAACGAGAACGACCCUCAGCGCAUUUCCAUAAUGGUGGCUGAGAUGAAGCGUUAUCAGGAUGACAAACUUCUUUUGAAGCAAUAUGUUGAAAGUGAUCAGGUUAUUGAGAACGGGGAGGUGAUUAAGGUGCAAUCUGAACUUGUUCCUCCCUUGUCUGACAACCAUCAGCCUCUUGCUCGUCCCCUGAUAAGGUUGCAAGAGAAGAACAUUAUCCUGACUCGCAUUAAUCCAAUGAUUCGUGAUACAAGUGUUCUUGUGAGGCUGAGGCCUUCAUGGGAGGAGCUUCGAAGCUACUUGACAGCAAAAGGGCGCAAGCGUUUUGAAGUAUAUGUUUGCACGAUGGCUGAAAGAGAUUACGCCUUAGAGAUGUGGAGGCUCCUUGAUCCAGAAGGGAAUUUGAUAAGCCCAAAUGAUUUGCUGGCUCGCAUAGUUUGUGUGAAACCUGGUUUGAAAAAAUCACUGUUCAAUGUGUUUCUCGAUGCAACCUGCCAUCCGAAGAUGGCACUGGUAAUUGACGAUCGACUCAAAGUGUGGGAAGAGAAAGAUCAGCCGAGGGUGCAUGUGGUUCCUGCAUUUGCUCCCUAUUAUUCUCCCCAAGCUGAAGCUGCUGCAACACCGGUACUGUGUGUGGCCAGAAAUGUUGCUUGCGGUGUCAGAGGUGGAUUUUUUAGGGAUUUCGAUGAUAGUCUGCUACAAAGGAUUGCUGAAAUGUCUUAUGAGAAUGAUGUUGAUGAUAUUCCUUCUCCGCCUGAUGUCAGCCAUUACUUGGCACCGGAGGACGAAACAUCGGGUUCAAAUGGGAACAAAGAUCCGCUUCCUUUCGACGGGAUGGCUGAUGCUGAAGUGGAGAGAAGACUGAAGGAGGCAAUUUCUGGAUCUUCAGUUGUCCUUCCGGCAGCAAAUGUAGAUCCAAGGAUAGCUGCUCCCGUUCAGUACUCCAUGGCCUCUGCUUCUUCUGUUUCAGUUCCAGCACCGGUACCAGUCGUGCAACAAGCACCACAACCAUCAGCUAUGGCCUUUUCAAGUAUUCAGUUUCAGCAACCGACAUCAGUAGCUAAACACUUGGUUCCUUCAGAACCAAGCUUGCAGAGUUCUCCUGCUAGAGAGGAGGGUGAGGUACCUGAAUCAGAGUUGGAUCCAGAUACUAGGAGGAGGCUCCUCAUAUUGCAGCAUGGACAAGAUACUAGAGAUCCUGCUCCAAGUGAACCUCCAUUUCCUCAGAGACCUCCAGUUCAAGCUCCACCUCCACAUGUGCAGCCAAGAAAUGGUUGGUUUCCUGUUGAGGAGGAGAUAGAUCCAGCUCCUCUUUGCCGAACAGUUUCCAAAGAAUAUCCGGUGGAUUCUGAAAUGAUACAUAUGGAAAAACACAGGCCUCGCCAUCCAUCCUUUUUUUCUAAGAUUGAUAACUCAACUCAAUCUGAGAGGAUGCCUCAUGAGAAUCGCAGGCUGCCCAAGGAGUCGCUCCGGAGAGAUGAACAGUUACGGUCAAACAACAAUCUACCAGGCUCUCAUCCUUUUUAUGGGGAGGAGGCAUCUUGGAAUCAAUCUUCUUCUAGGAACAGUGAUGUUGACUUCAUACCUGGACGAAGUAUCCCAGCAACAGAGAAUCCAGCUGAAGUUCUACAUGAGAUUGCUAUCAAAUGUGGAACGAAGGUGGAGUACAAAUCGGGCUUGGUGGCUAGUACAGAUUUGCGGUUCUCUGUUGAGAGUUGGUUAUCUGGUGAAAAAAUUGGAGAAGGGAUUGGAAAAACGAGACGAGAAGCCCUGCACAAGGCUGCUGAAGUUUCUCUCAAGAACUUAGCUGGUUAUUAUACGUCCCGUGCAAAUGGUGAACCAGGACCAAGCCACAGGGAUGCUAGCCCCUUCACCAAUGGAAAUAUGAUUGUGGGAAAUGCAAACAGGCUUGAUAAUCAGCCAUUUGGCAGAGAUGAAACAGCGAUGCCGGUUCCUUCAAGACCUACAGAUCCGAGAUUGGAAGGCUCUAUGAGGCACACCGGCUCCAUUACUGCGCUCAGGGAAUUGUGUGCAUCGGAGGGUUUUGAGGUGGCUUUUCAAAAUCAGCGUCCACAUCCAUCUGACAUGGUCCACAGGGAAGAACUACAUGCUCAGGUUGAAAUCGAUGGUCGUGUUUUAGGGGAAGGAGUUGGAUCCACAUGGGACGAAGCUAGAAUGCAGGCUGCUGAGAGAGCACUAUGUAGUGUGAGAUCAAUGCUUCCUUUGCAUAAACGACAAGGAUCUCCACGAUCGUUCGCUGGGAUGCCAAACAAGCGUAUGAAGCCAGACUUUCAACGGUCGAUGCAACGGAUGCCAUCUUCAGGAAGAUACUCUUAA